AUGGGGGCAAGCAUAUCAUCUAUAGCUGACUCUCCUCCCAGUCCACUAAUUCAGACGAUAGGAAACGUAUUUGCCGGCGCCACAAUUCCAUACGGAAUGGCCAAAGCAGUCGCAGACGUGGACUCGGAGAGCAACCAAGGCGGUUUCACGUCGGAAGGGGGCAAAGUCACUGGAUUCUCCUCUAUGCACGAUAGCGGCACCGGCGGCAGCCCAUCCCUUGGGAACUUCGCUUUUUUCCCCUACGCCAGCUGUGCUGGUGACGAUGUCAAUGGCUGCACAUACCCGAAGAGCGCAAGAAAACUACCCUACAUCAAUGAAUCCGUCAAAGCAUCUCCUGGGUAUUUCAGCAUUCAGUUAUCCAGCCGGGUUACCGUCGACAUGACUGCCGCGCAUCAUACCUCGCUGUUUCGAUUCAGAUUUCCCGAAGGCUCUGAUGGAUCGCCUCUGGUACUCUUAGAUUUGACGGAUCUAGCGAACUCUCGUCAAGACAAUGCCACUAUUCAUGUCGAUGGAGCUUCUGGCAGAAUGACUGGCAGUGCUCGCUUUUUGCCGAGCUUUGGGUCCGGUAACUUCGUGGCAUACUUCUGCGCUGACUUUCACGGCGCCAACAUUCGUGAUAGCGGAAUCUUCGCCAACAGCCGUGCGAGCGCAGAUGUCAAAGACUUAAAGAUCUCUCGUGGUAUCAAUGGCUUCCCUCUUCCUGGUGGAGGAUUUAUCCGUUUCGCGUCAGCAAAUGAGCCCGUUCUUACUAGACUGGGCCUGAGCUUGAUUAACAGUGAUAGAGCUUGCAGUCACGCGGAGGCCGAGAUCCCCAACUUUGAUUUCGAUGCUGCCCAAAAGGCCGCAGUAAGCGCUUGGAGAAGCAAAUUAAGCCCAAUCAAAAUAUCGACCACGGGUGUUAGCUCUUCUAUGCUCACUAACUUCUACAGCGGGAUCUACAGGACUAUGGUAAAUCCACAAGACUACACCGGCGAGAAUCCUCUAUGGCAGAGUGAUGAACCGUACUUCGAUUCUUUUUAUUGCCUUUGGGACUCUUUCCGGUCCCAGAUCCCAUUCUUGACCAUUUUGGACCCUCAAAGCGUCACUCGGAUGAUUCGUUCGUUGAUCGACACGUACUCCCACCUCGGGUGGCUCCCUGAUUGUCGUAUGUCGCUAUGUAAGGGCUUCACCCAAGGCGGUUCGAACGCCGAUGUGGUUCUUGCGGAUGCUUUUAUCAAAGGCCUCAAAGAUGGUAUCGACUGGGACACUGGCUACACGGCCGUUGUAAAAGAUGCGGAAGUGGAGCCCUACGAUUGGUCUAAUGAGGGUCGUGGCGGACUCGAUAGCUGGAAAGCACUAGGUUACAUACCUGUCCAAGACUUUGACUACAAGGGCUUCGGCACCAUGACCCGCUCUAUAUCCCGCACCCUCGAAUACAGCUAUAACGACUUCGUCAUCUCCCAAAUCGCCGCCGGUCUCAACAAAACCGCCGACGUCGAAAAGUACAAAGCGCGCAGCUCCAACUGGAAGAACCUCUUCAAAGCCGACCAGACCUCUCUCAAACCCGACGGCACCGACACUGGCUUCGUCGGCUUCUUCCAGCCCAAAUACCUCAACGGCACAUGGGGCUUCCAAGACCCCCUGAAAUGCAGCAACACCGAUCUCGACCCCAACAGCAUCUGCUCGCUCCAGAACACCGCCGGCGAGACCUUCGAAAGCAGUAUCUGGGAAUAUUCCUUCUUCGUCCCCCACGACCAAUCCACCCUCAUAACCACCCUCUCCGGCCCCGCCGCCUUCGUCCGCCGCCUCGACUACCUCCACAACCAAAACGUCACCUACAUUGGCAACGAGCCCGCCUUCCUCACCGUGUUCCAGUACCACUACGCCGCCCGCCCCGCCCUCUCCGCCCUGCGCGCGCACGCCUACAUCCCCGCCUCCUUCUCCCCCACCCCCACCGGCCUGCCCGGCAACGACGACAGCGGCGCCAUGGGCUCCUUCGUCGCCUUCGCCAUGCUGGGCCUGUUUCCGAACCCCGGGCAGGACGUAUAUCUGAUCACGCCGCCUUUUUUCGAGUCUGUCAGUAUCACCUCCCCGCUUACGGGGAAGACCGCUACCAUAAGAAAUGUGAACUUUGAUCCGGGGUAUGCGGCGGUGUUUGUGCAGAGCGCGACGCUGGAUGGGGAGGUUUAUACGAAGAGUUGGGUGGAUCAUAGCUUUUUUACCGAGGGGAAGGAGUUGGUGCUGACGCUGGGGAGGAAUGAGAGUACGUGGGGGACGAGGGCGGAGGAUUUGCCGCCGAGUUCAGGGAGCUAUUGA